CCAAAAAUGAUUCCAACUGGAGAAACCAGUUCUUCUAUGUAAAGAGGGACUCUAUCCCGAAUGGGAAUGACCUCCCCAAAAAGUGGAUCACCCAGGGUAGGAUAUGGGAUCCUUGGACCAGGACCAGAGUAGGAUUCUUUUUCUGUCAAGGAUAACUGAUCCUUCUUUCUGUUUUUGUUGUGCAGCUAUCUCAGUCUCUCACAUCCAAGAGUCUCCUGUUACAAAAGAAAGGAUUGCUGCUUUUUGGAAGCUUGAUCCUGCCAUUAGAACAUUUCAAGGCAAAACAAAGGAUUCUCAAGAAAUCUCCUCCGGUUCCUACACAAUGUCAAGCACUGGAAAAUCCUCAAAGUAUGCUUCCAGGUUCAGUGUAAGUGAUCUUAAUGAAUACGCCACCUCAAGGUCUCUCAAGAAGGAGCUGGUUGCAAGCCCAAGCAUCCCGAAUCCUAAGAGCAUGAGCACAAGGAGCAAGGGUGCCAAAAAGAGAAAGACCGCUGAGCCCACUGAAGGCCUCCCUCUCAUUCAACAUCAGUUUGAGGAAUACGUCUCCGAGAAAUUUGCUGAGAUCCAGAUGCUCCUUGAUCAACACCUAGCAGAAGCUAAGCAGAAAAACUUGGACUUCCAGCAUAUGUUCCUUGCUAAAGACAAGAAGAUUUCUUCCUUUGAAAAGGAUAUCAACCUGCUGCAGAAGGAACUGGUCCUGACUCAGAUCACAGCUCAGCAGGAGAAGGCAAAGGUCAUGGAAGGGGCUAAGCACUCUGCUACGGUUGCCAUGCUGAAGAUCAAGCUGCAAAUGGCUAAGGAGGCUGAGGAUCCUGUCCUUGACAGAGCUGAAUGGGACCAAGAGGGUUGGAAGCAAAGGCUAGCCGAGCUGGAUGAAGAGGAGGAAACUGAGGAGGUCUUGGCACUCGAAGCCGGCAGCAGUGGGGUUAUGGAUCCUGAGGUGGCAGCUGGUGGUGAUGGUGAGAAGGUUAAGGCAGUGAAGGUUUAGGCUACAGCAAUGUGCGAUGAUGGAUAUAUCUAGGCGCGGCCGGGGCCCAUUUUUUAUGGUUUAGUGGUUUUUUGGUGAUGUUUUGAUGCUGAACAAUUAUGGUCUGUAAUAACUAAACAGUAGUAUUUAGGUUUAAGGAUCAAUGAUCCUUGGAACAAUAGGUAGGAUGAUAGUUGGUGGAGGAUCCUCUGUUUGGGGGGAUGAAGCCACUAUUACUCUGCUAUCUUUACUUUCCUGCACUUUAAGACUUGUUAAUAUGGACACCCUUUACCUACCCCAGCGGGCGGGCCACGUAUUGCUGGUAGAUGCUCAGGGUAGGUAAUUUUGACAACCUUUAAAGGGUUUUAGCUUUGGAUAAAUAAAUAAAACUUUAACCUUUCGACUAUC